CUAAAGUGUUUGUGUAAAUUGGACAAAUGGGAAACUAUUCUAUACGCCUAUUUGAGAAUAAAAAUAAUGCGGAUAAAGAGAUACAGUGUUAUAGUGGUGUUCAGCUAUAUCUGACAGUAUUUUUUUUAGUAUUUUCCCUCAGGUGCGUGCAGUGAUUUUUGCAGCUGCAUUCCCAGUCCCUGAGAGGGAGGGAGUAAAGUGUCCGCCAUAUUCUCUCUAGUUUACCACGCCCGUGGAUCUGGCGGAAAGCAGCAGCAGUUCUCUCUCUCUCUCCUUCCUUUCCCGACUGUAGGCCGCCUCCUCGGCUUCUGAAACUCGCCACGAAGCUGACGGCAGAGAAAGUGACAGCGGUACGGAGUCAGCAAGAAAGUGUCCUGCACAUUGGAAGAAGCAAGAAGUGAAGAGGGUUGCCGCAGGAUAGAUUUAUAAUUCUUCAUAGCGUAAGGAGAGAGAGAGGGAGAGAUCGGAUAUCCCCAGCUCCCGAUUUUAAAAACAAUCAGCUUCAGCGUUUCUGGUAGUUGGUGUUAAAUUUAACAGCUUAAUUAUUCCUUCUGCAACCCCCAUUUUAAAGCCCCACAUAUUCUCCAUGUUUAGUAAGGUUGAGAAAUAUUGAGGAGGGCACCCUCACUACAGGCAGACACAGACACACACAAAUACACACGCACACACACACACACACACACACACAAAAAGCCGGCUACAUGACUCUCGACUCCAUCAUGGCGUGCUGCCUAAGCGAAGAGGCGAAAGAAGCGAAAAGGAUCAAUGCAGAGAUCGAGAGACAGCUGCGGAGAGACAAGCGGGAUGCGCGCAGGGAACUCAAACUGCUGCUACUUGGCACUGGUGAAAGUGGCAAGAGCACAUUCAUCAAACAGAUGCGAAUCAUCCAUGGUACAGGGUACUCCGAUGAGGACAAACGAGGUUUCACAAAGCUGGUCUAUCAGAAUAUCUUCACUGCUAUGCAGGCUAUGAUCAGAGCAAUGGAUACACUCAAAAUACAGUAUAAAUAUGACUAUAAUAAGGCACAUGCACAGCUGGUUCGUGAAAUCGACGUAGAAAAAGUGACAACAUUUGAAAACCCCUAUGUGGAUGCAAUAAAGUGUUUAUGGGUUGAUCCAGGCAUCCAGGAAUCUUAUGAUCGAAGGAGAGAGUACCAGCUGUCCGAUUCUACUAAAUACUACCUUAGUGAUACUGAUCGUAUUGCAGCACCUGAUUAUCUGCCAACUCAACAGGAUGUGCUGCGGGUUCGAGUGCCCACAACUGGCAUCAUUGAGUAUCCAUUUGAUCUGGAGAAUAUAAUCUUCAGCUAUCUUAAAGACUUGGACCGUAUAGCAGCACCUACCUAUCUACCCACUCAACAAGAUGUGCUUAGAGUGCGAGUCCCAACAACAGGGAUCAUUGAAUACCCUUUCGACUUACAAACCGUCAUUUUCAGAAUGGUCGAUGUUGGGGGUCAACGAUCAGAACGAAGAAAAUGGAUUCAUUGCUUUGAAAAUGUGACGUCCAUUAUGUUUUUGGUUGCCCUUAGUGAAUAUGAUCAAGUACUUGUGGAGUCAGACAAUGAGAAUCGAAUGGAGGAAAGCAAAGCACUAUUUCGGACGAUCAUCACAUAUCCUUGGUUUCAGAAUUCCUCAGUAAUUCUCUUCUUAAACAAGAAAGAUCUCUUGGAGGAGAAGAUCAUGUAUUCUCACCUGGUUGAUUACUUCCCAGAAUAUGAUGGACCACAGCGAGAUGCACAAGCAGCAAGAGAGUUUAUUCUGAAGAUGUUUGUGGACCUGAAUCCUGAUAGUGACAAAAUUAUCUACUCUCACUUCACAUGUGCCACGGAUACAGAGAAUAUACGGUUUGUCUUUGCUGCUGUCAAGGACACUAUCCUACAAUUAAAUCUGAAGGAAUAUAACCUGGUCUAGUAUAUUAACUGACCUAACAAUAAAUAAGAGUAACUGUAUUAUCUGUGAAAAUGAUUUGCAUAAUUCUAAUUUAUUGCUAUCCUGGACUCUGUACUUCCACAGAGUCUUAGUAAAUAUUAUGAUUUUAUUUAACAAAAAUGGGCAAAGAUGCUGACACACGUUUGUGGCACCUGUCUACUUUUUAGGCAAAACUUUGAGAGUUCAUGCAAAAUUUUCAAUUUUCACUGUAAAUUCCCAUUUUUGCACUCAAAGGGUUGGGUUUUUUGCUUUUAUAAGCACAUCCCUUCCCCUCCUCCUACUCCCCAAAGAAUAUUUGAGGUACAGUGUCCUUUUUAUGAGGUGUUCCUCUUGACACUCUGUGGUACACAGAUACUGUGGUAAUGUUUGAUGGGAAUCAAGCUGUCAAUGAUAAUUGUUUUUCUGAUGGGCAAGAAUAAUUGGUCAUGUGAAUUUAAAGUUGCAUAUAUAUUUAAAGAUAGAGUUUCAUACUAAACAAUUUAUCUUCACUUUAAGUUAUAAAGAUGGGAGAUCAUUAAGCAAUAGUUGAUUGCGAUCAUGACUCAACUUUAAAUGUUACCACACUGUUUCCAAAAAAACGUGGAUAGAUAUAGGUAAGAAUACAAUAUUGAGAAUGUUAUGUACUUGUAAAACAAUAUAUGGGGUUUGAAUUCUAUUUAUUAUUGCCACUCUAUGACUAUUACUAAACUUGUUUUAUGGAAAGAUGCCAACAAAAUGUCAUAUACACUAUAUUUGCUGAUUUUUGCAAUAUCAACAUAGGUCUUCUUCCUUAGGAUUGUAUCUGGAGACAUCAUUGACAUCCAUACUUUGCUCCAGUGUAACAUUUUGGCUUUUAAUAAGGAACGUUUUAAUAUUGCCACUCUGUCUUAUUUGCUUUGCUAAUUUAGAAUUUUAAUAGAUAAAAAUUGCUUUCCUCAAGAAACCAAAAAUAAUGUGGUGUGAAACACUUGAGUAGAAGAUGAAUAGCAAGCAAACAACAUUGCAGUGUUGGCACUUUGGAUCUCCUAAAAACAAUUUGUUUGACAUGCCAAAAUAAAUGAGAAAAAACUGGUGCUUUUUCACAUUGUAUAAUAUUUGCCAUUACCUGUGUACUAUUCUUUAACAUAAGCUGCUUAGUGUCCAUGACCAAUUUUGUAUCUAACUUUUUUACACAUAUGUUAAAAGGUACUGUAAUCAUGUUUUGAUAAAAAUCUUGUAAGAUCCUUAAUUUUAAAAGAAAAUGGUUUCAUUUGCCAUAACUUGCUGGAAAAUGAACCUGUAUUAUUACUUUUGUCCAACUAUAGACAAACUUAAAAUUCUGAGGCCUGGGCUGUAAACAAAAGCAGAUGAAUGUUUCAAGAAGACAGGUUUGAAUGAAAAUCUGGUGUUCUAUUAGCUUGUUAGUUUUAAGGUUUUUCUGUCUUUGAGGUUAUAGCUCAAAAACUUCAAAGAAGUCAAGGUCAGUUAAUUUUAAAGUUUCUGCACUGGCCAUUGUCAAAGGUGGAAUGCCUUUAUGCAUGGGUUUAUGCUUCAACACAGUUUUUUUUUGUUAUGGAGUACCAAAGUUAAUGGUCAGUGAUUGUCUCCCUUCACUUCUGCUCUUUCACCUAACAUGUAUUAAUGAACCAAUGGACAAAAUUCCUAUUAUUUGUACAAAAAAACCUGGCUGUAGGUUUAAUGUAAUUAUGUACUUGUAAUCAUUGUGUGUGUGUGCGUGUGUGUGUGUAUGCGUGUGCAUGCACACGCAUGUGUGUGAUGUACACAUAUUGGCUUUGUGAUAACUUUGGCAGACUGAAUGUGCUGCAUUGAUAUGUUUCUAUGUAAUUGUAUUGUAAGUCAUUUAGCUAAUUCACAUUUUUGAAUAACAUUAUUUACUUUUCUAAGAAGUGAAUGUAAAUUUUUGCCAGUUUCUUUCUCAGCUACGGAUUUGAAAUGUCAUUUUGGAAGUAAAGAUAAUAACCAUA